ACCUUGAGAAGUGCAACAGCCGUUGGUGGUGGGCGUCGGUUUGACUGGCGAAUAAAUGGAUGAAUUUUCGCUAAAAAGUGACCCUUGUAGUGGUUUUCUGGGUAAUAUGAUUGAAAAUGGAUGCAAUGUGACUGAGAUCGACAGGUGAACGCCAUCAGAUACGUCGCAAACCACCAAGAAAAUGCAAUGUGAAGGUCACGUGAUAGCUGUCGACCAAUCAAAAACCAGUAUUCCUACAUUCUGCUUCAUUUUGCGAGAGACGCUGAAACGGGGAGCUUGGCGGCCAUUGCUCCCAGCGGCGGUUACGGCGUGGAAAAGGGAGUCGUUCAUUUUGAUUAUGUAAUAGCCGUGAUACGCUUAAUUGCUGAAUGACACAAGUCUUUCUAUUAGGAUUUCGUCAAAAUAAAUGAGUUUUGUGUUGUGUGUCCGCGUCAUACGAAUCAGGAUUCCUGAGUGACGAGGCCGCGGCAUGGCCACGGAAAAUGCCACUGAUACCAAGCCCCCAGAGGGCAAUGGGACAACAUCAACUGUGGCAAACUCAGAGAAAACAGACUCCAAUAAUGCUGCCAAGGUGACCCGAACUGUGACUGCCAAGGACCCUCCACCUGUCAAGAUGGAUACAACUGAUGGCCAGAAGACUGAGGAAGAGAAGCCCUUCACUGGACCAAUUCAGCCAGAUUUCAUGCCGCCACCAGACAAGCCCCUGAGGAGUUCAAACCAGCUGCAGUACCUCAACAAAGUGCUGAAGACUUUGUGGAAGCACCAGUAUGCCUGGCCAUUUCAGGUUCCUGUUGAUCCAGGCCAACUCAACCUGCCUGAUUAUCAUAAAAUCAUCAAAAAGCCUAUGGACUUGGGAACAAUCAAGAAGCGAUUAGAGAAUAUGUGGUAUCAGUAUGCUAAGGAUUGCAUAGAGGACUUUCAAACACUGUUUACAAACUGUUACAUGUACAACAAGCCUGGUGAGGAUGUGGUGCUUAUGGCACAAACUCUAGAGAAGAUGUUUUUAACAAAAGUGUCACAGAUGCCCCAGGAGGAGGUGUUUCAUGAUGUGCCCAGUAAAAAUGCCAAGGCCAAAAAGGGCCGGCCGGCGGGUGGCGCGGGCGCCGGCCGCGGCCGUCCUCCGGCCAGCGCGGCGGCCACCACCCCCGGGGCGGCGCCGGCGGCCGCGGCCGCGCCGGCCUCCGCCGCGGCGCCGCCAGCAGUGCCCGGCUCCACGGCCGUGCCCACCGUGCCCAGCGCCGUCAAACCGCCCGCCAGCGCCGCGCUCACCAACUCAGUCAAACCGGUGACGCCGGCCGGCGCCACCGCCCCCUCAGGUCAGCCGGCCGUACCCGGCGCCACGGCUGCCGCUGCGCCCCUCCGGCAGCCCGUGCCGCCGGCCACCGCCGCGCAGCCGCCACCGCCCUCGGCCACCGCCGCCGCCGCCGCCGCCACUGCCAUGCCGGAUGCCCAGAAAGCCGCACAGCCCGUCCCGCCGCAGACCAUGCCGCACAAGGUGAAAAAGGGCGUCAAACGGAAGGCAGACACGACGACGCCGGCGAUGGCUGGCACGCCCGACCCGCCGUUCGCCCCGACGGAGGCCAAGGUCUCCAAACUGGGCAAACGGCGCGAGUCGGGACGCCAGAUCAAGAAGGUGGUGAAGGACCUGCCGGACUCUCAGGCGCGCACCGCCGCCGCGGGGAGGAACCGAGAGAAGAUGCAGGAGUCGAUGAAGGCCUGCAACGAGAUCCUCAAGGAGCUCUUCUCAAAGAAACACUCAGCAUACGCGUGGCCGUUCUACAAGCCUGUGGACGCGGACAGCCUGGGCUUGCAGGACUACCACGAUAUUAUUAAACAGCCCAUGGACCUGGGCACGGCCAAGACGAAAAUGGACAACCGCGAGUACCGUUCGCCGAGCGAGUUCGCUAGUGACGUGCGGCUCAUAUUCACCAACUGCUACAAGUACAACCCGCCCGACCACGACGUGGUCGCCAUGGCCAGAAAACUGCAGGAUGUCUUCGAAAUGAAGUUUGCGAAGAUUCCCGAGGACGAGGCGUUCCUAUCUGACGAGGAUCGGUCCAGCUCCGAGUCGGAGUCUGACCACUCUGAGGAGGAGCGGGAACAGAAGCUGCUCGUGCUCCAGAACCAGCUGCGGGUCGUCCAGGAGCAGAUCAACACCCUCCUCCAGGAGAGCCUCUCCAGGAAAAAGAAGGACAAGGACAAAAAGAAGAAGAGCAAGCGCGACCGCCACCACGGCGACGGUCUGUCGGCGCUCAGUCCGCUCGGUAACAGUCUGGCCGGCGGGCCGGGCGCCGCCGGCGCUGGCAAGGCGCUCAAGACCAAGCCGAUGAAGGCACCGAGCGGCAACAAGCCGGCGGUGGGCCGGCGGCCGCGCGGCGCCGGCAAGGCUGCCAAGGGCGGCCCCGGCAAGAAGAAGGCCGCGGCCGGUCCGGCGCCCGCCUACGACUCUGAGGAGGACGAGGACAACGCCCGACCCAUGUCCUACGACGAGAAGCGGCAGCUCAGUCUCGACAUCAACAAACUGCCUGGUGAUAAGCUGGGUCGCGUUGUCCACAUUAUUCAGUCUCGCGAGCCCUCUCUGCGAGAUUCCAACCCGGACGAGAUCGAGAUCGACUUUGAAACGCUGCGACCCUCCACGCUGCGCGAACUCGAGUCCUACGUGGCCAGUUGUCUGCGCAAAAAGCCCAGAAAACAGUUCGAUAAGAAGCAGAGCAGCAAGUCGAAGGACGAGCAGAUGAUGGAGAAGAAGCAGGAGCUGGAGAAGCGGCUGCAGGACGUCACCGGCCAGCUCGGCACCACCUCCAAGAAACCCGUCAAAAAGUCUGACGACUCCAAGGGUGGCGAGGGCGGCGGCACGGCGCGUCUGUCGGCCUCCAGCUCCAGCUCCUCAGACUCGGACAGCAGCUCGAGCAGCUCCAGCAGCUCCAGUUCAGACUCCAGCGACUCCGAGGCCGGCUAGUCGCGGCGCCGCCACAGCAGCACGCGCACUUUUGUACCGGACCAGCCGCCCCGCCAGCGCCCGCCCGUCGCCAGCAUGCACGCAGAAAUCAUGUGUCCAACCUUUGUGGGUCGGCGCGCGGGUGUUUGUUUAACAGUCGCUCAGUGCCGACCCGCAGAACCGUUCAGCAGGUUGUGAAUUUUAGGUGGAUCUAAGUUUUAUGUGACGGUGUGAAGCCAUUGAGUGCAGAAAUGUUGCGGAGGCGCCAGUCGCGCCGUCCGCGGAGCGUAACUGUGGGAUCGUCGCGCCAGACGGAGAGUCCACGACGCGCGCGAGAAGAGGCUGGCGGCCCGGGAGCAGGAAUCGUUGGGGCUCGGUAGCCCGUCGAGUGAUGGCGCGCUGGCGGGGACGGUGAACUUGUGUGGUGUCUCGGGGCGGGUAACGAGGACCGAGGCGCGGCAGCCGCCGCCGCCGCCGGGCAGAUCGCUCACUGACGCUUCGGGCGGCCGCCGGUGGACAAACAACACGUCUGAUCUCGCCUUAGGACGGGCCGCGCGGGGCUGCGGACCGGAGAGCCGCCCUCGCCGGCCGCGGACCAGCGGCGUGGGCUCCCCGCGGGACUCGCGGGCGCCCGCGCGGCUCAGCCGUCAGUGUACCGGCGGGGCGCUGUGCGCCUCACAACUGCCCAUCGUCCUACGUACACUGGUUUGUCAACAUAGGCGUCUAUUAUUUAUCCGAUGUGUACAGCGAAAGUUUAUAAGUGUUCUCCAGGCCCCCGCGCGUACAUCCAUUGGCCGGCAGUGAUGCGUUUUAUAUGGUCCCCUCGCCCCUCCCAAGUAGUCAUUGAUCAUUUCGUGUAGACCGCCGUGUUCCCGUCAGUUCUCAUUGCUGUCUUCUGAGCGUUGCUUAACUUUUGCGGCUGCUGUUUGAAUGUUGCCAUAUUGUAAGUAGCAAUAAGGUCAUGCUCGAAAAUUCAUGUUCAUUGUAGCUGCGUGCGGCGUGUGAGCGAGGCAGAAUAGAUGAUCAUUUGUCAUUCGCGGUUUCCGAUAUUUCUGCACUCAAUGGUUUGCACAGAAUACAUGCUAUGACGUGUAAAA